CGCGACCCCGCGUCGCAAAGCUGUCUUCUUCCAACUACUUUAUCACUUAAAACGCAAGGCAAAGAUGGCAAAUCCCAAGAAAAGACAAGAAAAGGCCGAGGCCGCGAAGUCCAAAAAAGCUCAGGAUGAGCGGAUGAAGAAAGAAGCACAAGAAGAAGAGAAAUGGUCUAAGGGUGCAAAAAAUAGCAGAAAGAAGGAAGAGGAGGCCGAAAAGCGUCGACUUGCCGCAGAAAGAAAAGCUGAACGAGCUCGUUUAGAGAAGGAGGAGAUGGAUUCGCUUCCAAACAAGGGAAAGAAACAGCCUGCUAAGAAGGGUGGUCGUUUUGAUAUCCCUUCUGUUGAAACGUUCUCGGCUCACAAUCUGGACGACGCUCUGGACUUGCUUUCUUUGGAUAAGAAGAGCAAAGACGAGCUUGAACGACACCCCGAACGUCGUUUCAAGGCUGCAUACACAGCGUACAAGGAAAAACGUCUUCCCGAAAUUCGUAAGGAACAGCCCGGUAUGCGUCUCAACCAAUACGAAGAUUUGAUGUACAAAGAAUUCCAAAAGCACCCGGACAACCCCUUCAACAAGUUUACUCUGAAAUACAAUGCUAAAGACGAAGAGGUGGCAGCUGCUCGAGCAAAGCGCAGAGCCGAACUGGAGGCCCGUCUUCGGGAGUAGAUGAAUUAGGUGGUGCCGAUGCUAACCAGUUCCUUCUUCAGCUACUCUUUCACUUAUGAGUAAUGAAUGACACGAUAGACAUAACCGGCUUUUUUGAUUUACACAAUUGAAGCAUAGUCCGAUUUUUUGCUUAUUAUUAAAGAGACAGCACAAAUACAUUUUUGUGUGCGAUGUUUGUGGGGAUAAAUGUGCUAGUUUUUCUUAUUCAAGAUAUCAGCGAAUUGGAUAUGUAUUUAACAUACAGUCUGCGUCUUUGUAGAGUGCAUGACACGUAAAACACUAGACGAGUUUACGCUACAAAUUUGUUGACAGUUUAUUGUAAACGUUAGAACUAUCUACAACCCACAAUUACCGGGAAAAGUUACCAAUUCCUUCGAUAACAGUGUCUAUAACCUCCACCAUCAGUAUCUAACAUUAUUGUCGUAAAGCGUCAUCAUGUCGCGUUUUUCCACAUAUUUACUGCUGGGGACUUUUGUCGGUUGAA